UAUUUUGUGGAAGCUUGUCGCUGACUUGCUGUAAGCUCUCUACUACUAGUCUUUCAGCCCGCCAGCAAAAUACCCAUGUUACUCUUCUUCGUUGCUUCUACUGCCAAUCCUUGGGUCCCACCCCUACCUUUUUCUUCUUCUUCUUCUCCUCCGCCUCCAAAUCAAUAGUAGUUCAGAAGCUUAAAAGAAUGGACCCGAAGUUCGCCGGAAAGCCCAUUCAGGCCCAAUUCCUUUCAGGUCAAACUGACCUUGACCAGAUGCAGGAUACUCCGACCCGUGGGUCACGUCAUCGCAGGGCCCAAUCCGAAACCUUUUUCCGGUUUCCAAACUUCGACGAUGACAUCCUCUUAGACGACGUCGUUACAGACUUCAACCUCGAUGUUCAGGCGCCGUCCCUCAUGCAGCAGCAGCAGCCUGCAAAUUCGGCUGAUUCUUCGUCAACUGGGCCGGCGUUAUCAGCUGGGCCUUCCGAUAAUAACCCUAAGCCGCUGGCCCACUACCGUAGUCUCUCUGUGGAUGCUGAUUUUUUCGAUGGACUGGACUUUGGUGCUGCGGCGGCGGAGAAUAAGAUGAUGGGUGGUGGCCCACGUCAUAGGCAUAGCAAUUCCAUGGAUGGGUCUUUUGAUUUUGAGUCUGAAUCGCUUUCUGUGAAGAAGGCUAUGGCUCCUGAUAAGCUUGCUGAGCUGUCCCUGAUUGAUCCCAAGAGAGCCAAAAGGAUUCUAGCAAAUAGACAAUCUGCUGCACGUUCUAAGGAGCGAAAAACUCGUUAUACUGGUGAGCUAGAGAGGAAAGUGCAGACUCUGCAGACUGAAGCCACCACUCUAUCUGCACAGAUCACAGUUCUUCAG